AUGUACAAAUAUUUCACGGCCCAAAACACUCUCACCUAUGUCAAUGUAUUACCCCAGUUAGUAUCUUCUUACAAUAACACCUACCACCGAAGUAUUAAAAUGAAACCGACUCAGGUUACUAAAACGAAUGAAGCUCAAGUGUGGGAUACUUUUACUUUGUAUGGGGAUGAUGUUCAAAAGCCUGUGCGAUUUAAAUUUCAAGUUGGAGAUCGCGUCAGGAUUAACAGAGUAAAGAGAAUGUUUGAAAAAUCCUUCCUACCUAAUUUUACGGAAGAAAUUUUUACUAUUUGCAAGCGAAUGGCUCGUCAAGUACCCGUUUAUAAACUAAAAGAUGAUGCAGGUGAAAUCUUAGAUGGAACAUUUUAUGAGCCUGAAUUGCAGAAAAGUAUUAAGAACGAUGAUGUGUACCGCGCCAAAAAGAUUUUGCGGAAGAGAAAGCGUAAAGGAGUAGUAGAGUACCUUGUGAGAUGGAAAGGAUACGAAGACCCAAAAUUUGAUUCUUGGGUUCAAGAAAGUGAUAUUUUGAAGUUGUAA